AUGCUGCCGGUCAACGAGACAUACGGGCCCUGGCCAUCGAGCGGCGAGAUCGACCUCGUAGAGACUCGCGGGAAUGACGUCGACUAUCCCGCUGGUGGCAGAGACAUCAUGUCUAGCUCCUUGCACUGGGGACCAACGCCGGAGACGGAUUCGUUCUGGCGGUCGACGAGAGGCAGGGCGCUGCGGCGGACCGACUUCUCCAAGGGCUUCCACACCUUCGGCAUUGAGUGGUCGAAGGACUACUUGUUCACCUACAUUGACAGCCCGCUGCAGCAGGUCCUGUUUUGGAGCUUCGACAAGGACCAGACCAUGUGGCAGAAGGGCCACUAUGAGGGCGUGGCCGUCAACUCCUCGCUGGUCAAAGAUCCCUGGUCCCAGACCGGCAAUCCAAACACCCCCUUCGACCAGCCGUUUUUCCUCAUCCUCAACGUCGCCGUGGGCAGCACAAAUGGCUGGUUCCCUGACGGCAAAGGAGGCAAGCCGUGGACUGAUGUCGGCCAGGCAGCGUCAGACUUUUACUCCAGUACGUAA